AUGAGAGAUGUCGGGGGAAAGGCGUACGUGAAUGGGGGAUGUGUCGAAGAAUUAUUGGCCAGCAAAGACAUUUCCCUGAGCUGGAAAGAGAAAGUUGACCUGGCGUGUGACAUUAGUCGGGGUAUGGUCUACCUGCACUCCAAGAACAUUUACCAUCGAGACCUCAACUCAAAGAACUGCCUGAUCAGGUUGUCUCCCUGGGGCAGGGAAGCCCUGGUGACGGAUUUCGGUCUGGCGCGUGAAGUGGUCGAGCCGUCGUUGAAGAACGGGGAGCGGAAGUUGUCUCUGGUUGGCUCGGCGUUCUGGAUGGCUCCUGAAAUGUUGUGCGGAGAGCCGUACGAUCGGAAGGUGGACGUCUUCUCUUUCGGGAUCGUAUUAUGUGAAAUCCUCGGCCGAAUUCCCGCUGACCCGGAGAUCCUGCCCAGAACGAGGGAUUACGGUCUGGACGCGGACGCUUUCCGAGAGCUGAUCAGGGAUUGUCCCAAACGAGUCCUGGAUUUAGCCGUCAGCUGCUGUCGGGUAAUGUGCUUUGGCGGCCGGGGGUUGUCUGGGCAGUUUAAGUAUCCUUUACAGCUGGAGGCCCAUAAGAGACCUUCGUUCGGUGAAAUCUUGGACGACCUGGAAGAGGAAGCGGAAAUGCUGGAGUCGCAGACGGCGCUGGAAGAAUCGGGGCGGGGGCCGUAAAACCCGGACUUUCUCUAACUUGUAAAUUGUACAGAAAUCCGGAAUCGAAAAUAUAUAUUAAAAAAAAAAAAAUCCCAAAUGCGGAACCUUCUAUUUAUUAAAUAAACUGGAAUAUAUUUUUGUGGAUUUUCGCAUCCACUUUUUUUUUUUUUUUUUUCCUGUCGAUUUCACUCGAAGGCGGGGCUGCGGCUGACCAAUUGUCCUCUACUAUAUGACACCUCGUGGAAAAAUGGAUUUUCAUUGGCUAAAGUUUCUACCAAUUAUCCCGGGAGGCCCCGCCUCAUUUUGAAUCCAGUUUUAUUGCUUCUGUUCUAUGAAUUUCCCUCCAGAGACUCUCCCUCGUGUUUCUGCGAUACUUUGUGUCUGACGACCGGAUUUUGGGGGAAAUCAUUUAUGUUUGGACGCUGCCUUACAUCACAUAGUCUGAAUUUUCAGUUUCGUGUCGAUGGUAUUUUUUGUUUGUAUAAAAUUAUAUAUAUAUUUUUUUGAUGGUUCUAACCUGGAAUAAAGUUUUCUAUUAAAUGGAUCUGACAAAUCACCAAUAUGGUUUUCUAAAAAAUUGUAAGGAAAUAUUAUUUUAACCCAUCUGUGUGCUAAUUAAUUAGAUUUAUAAGAUAUGGCCAACUUCAGACCGAAUAAAAAGCUCAUUCUAUUUACUGGAACCAACGCGUUUUGCGAGGGGCUCCUGUAAUACGUUGGUUGAAUUCCCCCAACUGGGAGAGAAAAUGAAGAAUCUCGGCUGCUGGAUAAGCUGUUCUGUUUGACAUUCCUUAAUUGUGUGUUUCAUUUGUCGGGAAAAAAAUAAAACUGAAUAAAAUAAAAAUAAACAAAUAAAAAAGUAA